AUGGAAUGCAAUCGUGAUGAAGCUGAAAAGUGCAUUGACAUUGCUUACAAAUACCUUCUCGCUGGAAAUGAACAAAUAGCCAGAAAAAUGUGCCACAAAGCAGAGAGACUCUAUCCUUCAAUUCGGAUCAAAGAACUUCGGAGGGCGAUUGAUUACCAUGAGCAGGUGAAACAUGUGGAGCGAGUUAAAAGGUGCAAGAACCUGUAUGAAAUACUGGAUGUUUCAACAACUUCCACAAAUCAAGAAAUCCGGAAGGCUUUUAAGAAACUUGCCUUGGUCCUUCAUCCUGACAAGAAUCAUGCUCCAGGCGCUCAUGAAGCAUUUGUCAAAGCUCAAAAUGCAAUGAACAUCCUUACGGAUCCUGAAAAGAGAACGACUUACGAUUUUUCAAGACAACCUACCGGAUACCAUCAGGAUAAUGUCAAUGCCGAGCAACAAUGGGCAGGAAGCGAACAUGCCACACAAUGGAAUGGACCAUUAUCAUUCAACGGAUAUGGAUACGGAUACUAUUACCCAUGUCCGCAUCAGAUGUAUCAUCCUCAGGAUUACUCAGUUCCCAGCUAUUGGUAUUGCCAUCAAAAUUACUAUUCUUAUUUCAAUUCAUCUCAUGGACUUUACAAUAACUGGUAUUGUUAA